AUGCAAUCUAUGUGUUGUAUUGCUAUUCCUUAGUUCCAUGUCUUAACAAACUUAGUUGCCAUGGUUUAUUUCUUUUUGCAAAUGGAAAAGUAAUAAUGAAAUUAAACAAAGUUAAUCUGAAUAAUGGCUAACUAUAACUUUAGGAAUUUUAUAAUUUUUAUUGAGUUUGAUAAUUUUGGGGCUCACAUUUAUCAAACCUAGACAUUCAAUUAAGAAAUCAUAUAUAAUUUGCCUUGUUUGUCUAUUUAUUGGGAUUUUACUAUAUUUAAAUAUAGUGAAUUUUAGAUAAGACUGUUUAAUACUUAUGAUAUUAUAAUACUUAUCACUUGGGAUGAUAUGUUCAUUAUUAAUGAUACCAAAUAAGAUGAUUGGUCUGGUUAUUUAAAUUCAGAUUUAUAUUAUAGCAGUUGGCUUAGACUUAAUGUCAUUUUAUUUAUAGUAUUACUUUUCUAUAUAGAAAUAGUUACAUUAUGGGUAAAUUCAACUUUAACCGAGCUAUUUCAGUAGUAGGGUCUGGGGGAAUGUAGGUUAUCGCUUUAAUUUUGUUUAUAAUUUGUCAGAUUAACCCUUAGAAAAGAUUGGCUAAUGAGGUGCAUUUGAUAGUUGGAUUUUACUUCUUUUGUGAACUAUUUGUUAGUUGUACUUUUGUAGCAGAAUGUGCAAAUGUAUAUAUACAAUUUUAAUAUUUAUUAGUAAGAAUUAAAUAUUUAUUUGAUUGGAAUUACAAUUUUGAAGAUUUCUAACAUAUUUUUGGAUUUAAUUCUGUAUUCUUUUGUAAAAUUAAAUUAUCCAGAGAAUUAAAUAAAAUUAGGGAGAGUUGAUAUUGAGAACCCUCCUCAGAAAUAGGAUUUAAGGAGUAUAGCAACUAGAGAAACAUUAAGUGAAUAAUCAUCUGUAUUGUAAAAAAGUGUUUAGGAACCUAUUGGUUAAGUUAGAUAGGCUUGUCCUUCAAUAUAAUGGAUUUAGUAUUUACUAAAAAUAUAUUGA